GCCCCGAGCGCCGCCGGCCGGGCGCGCCGACCCGCCGCCGAGAUGUCCUGGCACCCCCUGUACCGCAGCUCCAAGUUCCGGCACGUCUACGGCAAGGCCGCCAGCAAGGACAAAUGCUACGACUGCGUGCCCAUCACCCUCAGCGUCCACGACAACCAGUUCUGUGCCGUCAACCCCCACUUCAUUGCGGUGGUGACUGAGUGCGCCGGAGGUGGGGCCUUCCUCGUGAUCCCCGUUCAUCAGACGGGCAAGCUCGACCCGCAUUAUCCCAGAAUAUGUGGGCACAAAGGGAAUGUUCUGGACAUCAAGUGGAACCCGUUCAAUGACUUUGUAAUAGCUUCAUGUUCAGAAGAUGCCACUGUUAAGAUCUGGGACAUCCCCAAGCACCUGCUAACAAAAAACAUCACCAGUCCAAAGAAGGAACUUCUUGGGCACGUACGAAGAGUAGGCCUCAUUGAGUGGCAUCCCACUGCCAGUAACAUCCUCUUCAGCUCUGGCUAUGACUACAAGAUAAUGGUCUGGAACCUCGACACCAAGGAGGCUGUCCUCUCAAACCCAGUGAAGAUCCUCGACGUUCACAAAGAUGUGAUCCUCUCCAUGUCAUUCAACACAGAUGGCAGUCUCCUUGCCACAGCCUGCCGGGACAGAAAUAUUCGUCUGAUAGACCCUCGUGCAGGAGCAGUCCUACAAGAAGCCAGCUACAAGUCUCACAGAGUCAAUAAAGUCUUGUUUCUUGGAAACAUGGGAAAGCUGCUCUCUACUGGAACAUCUCGGUGGAAUAACAGGCAGAUUGCAUUAUGGGAUCAAAAUGACCUUUCUGUGCCUUUAAUGGAGGAGGAUCUAGAUGGCUCCUCGGGGAUCCUGUUUCCCUUCUACGACUCAGACACACACAUGCUUUACGUUGUGGGAAAGGGUGAUGGAAAUAUACGGUACUAUGAGAUAAGCCCUGAGAAACCAUACCUGAACUACCUGAUGGAAUAUCGUUCUCCUUUACCGCAGAAGGGAAUUGGAAUAAUGCCAAAGAGAGGCCUCGAAGUGUCAGCCUGUGAGAUUUUCCGUUUCUACAAAUUGAUCCCAACUAAAAAUCUCGUUCAGCCCAUCUCCAUGAUUGUGCCUCGACGGUCGGAGUCAUACCAGGAAGACAUCUACCCCCUGACUACUGGAGCCCAGCCAGCACUGACAGCACAAGAGUGGCUAAACGGAGUUAACAAAGGGCCUCUGCUGGUAUCCUUGAGACCAGGCUCUGGAGCUGUGAAUUCCUUACCGCAGUUUCUCGAGCCUGAGCCACUCCUGAAAACUACAGCCCCAAGCCAAAACCAAGACUGGGGAAGAAGGAUGCCACUGGAGGGGAUGCAGAAGCGAAGUGAGGUCCAAGGCAGCAGGAAGCAGCUAAAAGUGGAAGAGACAUUGCUGAAAAAAGAGCAAAUGCGCCUGUCCAAUGGCUUUGACAUAUUUGAGUGUCCACCACCAAAAACUGAAAAUGAGCUCUUGCAGAUGUUUUACCGACAACAGGAAGAAAUCCGGAGACUACGUGAGCUGGUAAACCAGAGAGACAUCCAGAUUAAACAGCUGGAGCUGGAGCUCAGAAACGUCUGCAAGGAUGCAGGCAGGUACUGAGGGCAGUGGCCUGCAGCCCUUGCACUGCUGGCAACUGCGCAGACUUCAGUUCCUGCAGAGAACUCUUUGGUUUUUUUUGCUGGAGGAAAGACUGAUGUUUCAGGCAACGGUGCUUCCCUGUCUCGCGGUGGUGACAUUUCCCUAAUCAUCACCAGGCAGUUACCGAUGGACUUGCUGCACUUCUUCAGCCUGCCUCUUGCUUGCCCAUUCACUCAUGUCAGAAGCUCAUGUGUUAAUAGCAGUGGAGACCUUGGGAAAUGUUGCUUUUCUGAUCCUGAGGAAGUGACUAGUUAAGCUCUAAUGACCUGUUUUGCUGCCCGUCUGUAAGGAUGGAGGAGUGGACACAGCUUCUUUUCCCACCCCCCCAGACACAGCAACGCAGCUCCCGUGGCCACUGUCCUCCUGCCCUGGAAGACAACCCUGCAGCUGAGCUUCAGAGGCAGCUCUGGCUCCAAAGCAAUCCUUAUGCGCCCUUCUUGCCUCACCACCCAACCUCGCACAUGGCUGGGUGAAGCCCCAACUGCCUCAGCCUAGUGCUGGGGGUCAUUCUCCCCAGCACUUUUGGUGAUAGAAGGAGAGUUGGUCUUUUUGGAGGCCCUGCUUUACAGGGCUGGUUCCCGCUGGAGAAGCUGCAGGCGCAGCAGAGGCCUCUGGGUCCUCCGAGUCAGUGGCCUUGUUGCCCGACAGUGCUCUUCUUCUGCCAAAGCCCAGCUGCGGUGACCUGGGGCGACGGCCCUGCGGUGCUCAUCAGGCACAGGAGGAUGACAGCCAAAGCUGGGAAGGAUUAAAAGCAGCGGGGAGGCUGUCGGACCCCCUGCCUGCUGCAGCCCUCUCAGCAAUGGUGCUACCCACAGCGAGACCAAGGGACGGCCCCGAACAGCCCUCCCUGGGUGUUGGGUUAUUGCACGUCCUUGUGCCCACAGCUGCCUCUCCCUCCGUGCCCACACAGUGACAUCUCUUCCCACCGCCCUGUGCCCGGUGGCCACGCUCGUCAGUGCUCGGCUUUCCAGCACGCCGCCUUGCCCGGGGUAGGGACACGGCACGAGGGGAGAGCGCUGGCACCUGCCCGGGCACAGUGGCAGCUCCCGUGCAGCAGGGCUUUUCCCAUCCCUAAAUGCCGAGGUCACAGAGAUGUCCUAACCUCAAGCAGAACAAGCAACCGCUGCUCAACCUGUAUCUAUACAUAUCUGUUGCGAUGCAUGUAGGUAUGAAUACUAUGCCUGGCUGGUUCUCUGAAGCCUGAUGUUUUCUAAGAGGCUUAAAAUAAUCUGUGUAGACAGAAGCCCCUGCAAAGAGGGCUUCUUAGCAAGGAGACUAAGAGCUGUGCACUGCCAGUGCUCAUGCGAGAUGCCUUUCUGGUUACUGCUGAAAGCAGUAGCCAGCAGUGAGCUCAUGGGCACUCCUAUGCUCCUAUAUGAGAAUCAUAGAAAGACUUGAGCAUCCCUUUUGCUCUACUGCAGAGACUUCACCCAGCUUUCAAAAAUAUCUAUAUCAUGCAUUUCUAUGUAGCAACAAUGUAUUUGGGUGCUAAAAAGUCACAUUUUUGUUUCCUUCUAAACAAGUUCUCUGUGACAUUACAGAGAGGGGAUAGUCAUUCAGGAAAAGCCAUUUAGCACCAGUCACUUAUUUAACACUACACUUUUUUUGUAAAAAAUAAGGGGAUAGUAAUAUAUUAAUAACAAAGUUGUUGAAACAAACUUCAGCUCAUUUCAAAAUGGACUUUCCUGCACCCUGGGAACACUCUGCUGUACAGAGUUACCUGCAAAAGCAGCUCUCCCCAGAUACAAAGCUUUAAAGCAGUGCAUGAAUCUUACAAGGCCAGUAGUGGUCAGGCUUUCUCACCAAUAGGAAUAGAUAAGUAAGAAAGAAAUUGAGAAGCCGGUGAUUUUUUAGCCAUGUCAAACAGGCCGACAGCUUGAAACUUCAAAGCCAUUAUCACAGAGUGAAGCCACAGUGAUGUGACACAAACACUCCUUGCUUUUCAAGGGAUCCUUAUCAGAUCAUUUGACACAAUCUCAGCAGUCCCUGUGAUAUGGCGGUUUCCCUGUCACCAUACGUGUUUUAUGCACUGCCUUGUUUUUGCUUAUUUUUCAUACAGAAUAAAUUAUUUAAAUUAUUUCCAAGAUAAAGCAGUUUGUUUCCAAGGGAUUUUUAUGUUCUUUUGAGAAUUGUUUCUUUGUUCAUGCUGUGGAUAGCAUAGAAAUUGCUCAGCCACCAUGGCUCUCAGCUUAGGGUUUUGCUGAUUUAUGGAAAAGAAAUUGCUUUCAUUUAGGCUUUGCUAGCAACCUUUAUAAGGGCAAAGACUACUUAAUCAGAACUUCAGUAGAACCUUUUUUUUAGAUCGUAUGCCUGUGUAAGUGUAGAGUUUGAUAUGUGUUUCAACUUGGAGCUGAAAUGCAGCCAUAGAUCUUUUACAGAAAGGAAAAAAGUGGAGAAAAUGGAUUGUGUGUUAAUGAACUGUGCCUGAAUAGACUUAAUUGUUCACUUCAAAAAUUUCUUAAAGUCCUUGUAUCUUUGUAAAAAAAAAAAAAUUUAAAAAUGGGGAUAAAACACAUUUGUGCAAUGAAUACCAAAUGUAACUGAAUAAUAAAUAUCUGUUUAGAGUUUUACUUUUUUGAUA